AACAAUGAACAAACGCUUGGCUUUCAUUUCAGUAUAUAUUGAACGACGAAUAGCCAGUCGUCAUUAGGAGGUUAACGUUUCUACAAGAGGAUGUCUCUUCCUACAAAACUCCCGUGGACGUUACUGAAAAACUUUAAAUUACCAAGACGGGACUCCUCACAGAAUCCACACGGUUGCAAAAACAGCAAGAUGGUCGGUCUGAGUAAAUUGGCGUUCCAGUUGUCGGGAUAUAACAAAUAUGGGCUUUACACGCACGAUGUGAUAGACUACACUAACCCUGUUGUACGUGAAGCUUUGCGCCGAUUACCGCAGGAUAUACUGGAUGUCAGAAAUUUCAGGAUCAUACGCGCUAUGCAACUGGAUUUCCUGAAGAGACUCCUGCCUGAGGAGAAAUGGGUCACGUAUGAGCAGGAUUUAGAAUAUCGAUAUCUCGACCUGUACAUGAAGGAGAUUGAGGCUGAACGAGCUGAGAUACAGAAGUUCGGUUGUCGCAAUUACAGCGACACGGACUGGCCGGCCAAUGAACCAAUAUAA